AUGACUCGGAGGUCCACGCUGUUUCCAAAAACAGGAUUCAAGCGCUACGCUGACGACUUUGACAAAUCGCUCUUUGGUCCCGUGAGCAUCAAGAGGGAGUCCUGCCACUUUGUUAUCGAUUUUCAAGAUUCACAGGGCUGCGAAACCCCGAUCAAAUCCAAAGGCUUAGACCAGACUUACAUGACAAGCGAAGUUGCACUCGCAGCCAAAGUUGCAGAGAUAGUUAAAAGAGACCAACCUGUGGGGGUAUUGUCCCCUGUCAGACCAAUGGGGGGUGAGGGAACCCCGGUGAAAGGUAAACCCCUCUCUGUUGACAGUAUGGAUAAUCCUCAGAUGGCUGUGAACAACAAUCCAAAGGAUGCAGGUGCCGACGACAGUGCUAAGGGGGUCGUUCCCGGGGUUCUGGGAACGGCGUCCAUCGAGCUCUCCUCUGAGGGCAAGUGGAGAAACAUCAGGAAAACCCCGGCCAAUCCCCACACGCAGGCCAACUGCCUCCGCCAGAUCCUCCUCCUCCAGCUGGACCUCAUCGAGCAGCAGCAGCAGCAGCUCCAGUCCAAAGACAAAGAGAUAGAUGAGCUCAAAGCGGACAAGGAGACGCUGCUGGCUCGCAUUGAGCGUAUGGAGCGGCGGCUCCAGCUCACGAGGAAAGAUGUGCCCCGAGACAAGCGCCUGUUCCAGCCGCUGGAGCCCUGGACCCCGGACAAAGAGGACAUGUGGGACCUGGACAUGGAGGAGAGUCCACAACCGAACCAAGCCACUCCCCUCCCCUUCAGCCGGGGUGGCAAGGGUCAAAAAAGGAAGUCUUGCUUUGGGGACGCAAAAGUUCAGAAAUCUCGGGGUAAAAGUGCAAAGCUCAGUCCCCAGAAGUCUGAGACGGAUCCGGGCUCUCCCAACCAAAGAGAGCUGCGCAGUAAGGAAACCCCGGAGAAGACCGUCCCGCUGCGGUCGGGGCUAGAAAGGGACAGUUUGCUCCCGUGCAAAGAGGAGCCCGAGCUGAGCUGUGAGAUGGAGGAUCUGCCCUUCAUGUCUACCACAGAGAUGUAUCUGUGUUGCUGGAACCAACCUCCUCUGUCCCCUCUGCGGGAGACUUCCCCUAAAAAGGAGGAAGAGGUGGCCAGUGAGUGGACUCCUCAUGUAGUACAUGAUAUGCUGAUUGUUUUUCCCUCCUGGAGGGAAAACUAUAUCGAGCCCCUGGAGGAGGAUUCUUCUUUUACGCCCCCCGAGCCGCUGGACGACGGCGUGUUUCUGAAACGCCACGCCAAGCUGGAGCUGGACGAGAAGAGGAGGAAAAGGUGGGACAUCCAGCGAAUCAGAGAGCAGCGCGUGUUCCAGCGCCUGCAGCAGCGCAUGAACAGGAAGAAGGUGGUCCAGGAGACGGAGCCGGACCUGUCGUCCUUCUACCCGGACACCGAAGACGUUGAAACUAUCGUGAUCACCCCCUUCCUGCCUGUGGUUGCAUUCGGCCGGCCGCUUCCCAAACUAUCACAACAGAACUUCGAGCUGCCUUGGCUGGACGAACGGAGCCGGUGCCGCAUCGAAGUGCCCAAAAAGCACACGCCCCACCGGACCUGCCGGAAGUGA